AUGGCCGGAAUACGUAUGCCGCCGGAAGAAUCCGACAUCUCUCAGCAGCAAAUCCGAGCUGCAUCGGCCGUCGCCACUGAUCUGGUCUCCGACGACGACAGGUCCGUUGCCGCCGACUCUUGGUCCAUUAAGAGCGACUAUGGAAGCACCCUCGACGACGAGCAGCGCCAUGCCGAUGCGACCGAUGCUCUCUGCGCAUCCAACUUCCGUGCGGCCUCAGAUUACAGUUCUGACAAGGAAGAGCCAGAUGCUGAAGUUGUGACAUCAACGCUUGGGCUUCAGAGUUACUGGGAUUCUGCGUAUGCAGACGAGUUAUCAAAUUUCCGCGAACAUGGCCAUGCUGGUGAAGUAUGGUUUGGGGGUGAUGUCAUGGAUGUUGUUGCUUCUUGGACGAAAAGCUUGUGCAAUGACAUCUCCCAGGGUCACAGCACAAACCAUGUUAACGAUACCAAAUCUUCAUCUGUUGAAGAUGGUGAUAAGCAUUUGUCUACUUGGAGUGUGCUUGACAUUGGGACUGGCAAUGGUUUGCUCCUCCAGGAACUUGCUAAGCAGGGGUUCUCUGAUUUAACUGGGGUUGAUUAUAGUGAGGGGGCAAUCGAACUUGCACGAAAUCUGGCUGAUCGUGAUGGGUUUUCCUAUAUCAAUUUCCUGGUCGAUGAUGUCCUGGAAACAAAGUUAGAGAGGCAGUUUCGUGUUGUCAUUGAUAAAGGGACAUUAGACGCGAUAGGAUUGCAUCCAGAUGGCCCGAUAAAGAGGGUCAUGUACUGGGACUCGGUGUCAAAGCUGGUUGCUUCUGGUGGUCUGUUGGUCAUUACCUCAUGUAACAACACCAAAGAUGAAUUGAUGCAAGAAGUGGAGAACUUCAAUCAAAGGAGAGGGGAGGCAUCUCCAGAAAAGGAGCAGGAAGUACCAGCAUCAGCAGCUACCUGUCAAUUCAGAUACGUGGAUCACGUUCGGACGUAUCCUACGUUCAUGUUUGGUGGAUCGGUGGGAUCGAGGGUUGCCACUGUGGCAUUCGUCCGAAGCUGA